AUGGAGUCCAUGGAGCCCAUGGACAUCGACUGGAGCAGGGUGGUGUCGCGCUUCGUGCGCGACGAGACCUACGAGGGCAUCGAGGCGCCGCACUGGGCCGACCUCGCCGACCCCGAUGCCCCCACCGCCGCCGUCGACGACGACGCCUGGUUCUGCCGCCCCGAUUGCAAGCAUCCCAAGACGGCCGACGACUUCCUCGGGCACACCCCCAGCCCCAAGGCCAAGCUGCUGCGGUCAAUGUCCGCCAUGAUGCCCUUCGGCGAGAGGGACGCCAACCUCAGGGACGCCAAUAACAAUCUGAAGAGACGAGGCGCCGUCGCCGCCGGCGGCGGCGGCACUGCCGCCUUCGCCUCGCCCACCAAGCCCAAGCCGCCGCCCAAGAAGAGGUUCCAGGACGACGCCGAGAACCAGGACCCCGCGCUGACCACGCCGCCCCCGGCGGCUGCCAGGCCGCCGUUCGGCGCGCAGCGGUGGGCCAAGAACGCCAAGGAGGCCAUCAAGUCCAGCGCGGAGAAGCGGCCGGACGUCGCUGAGAAGGAGGCGCUGCUCGGCAGGAACCCGGCGCCGAGGCAGCUCAAGAGCACUCUCUCGGCCAGGAACCUCUUCUCCGGGAAGGACAUACUUGGCCAGAUAUCGGAUUUGUACAAUGACCUCAAGCAGCGGAUGGCCGGCGGUGGCGGCAACCAGCAGCCUGUCUCAGAGUCAGAGGCCAUGGAGGAAAUGAGCCCAAGACCAAUGAACAGCAGUGGUGUGGUGGAGAAGGUGGAUUGUAGCAGCGGCGGCGGUGGUCGGGUUCUGCCGGACGCAGCGAAGAGGGUGGCGAGGCAAGGAACAGCAGAAAAGAGUCCAAGCCCAAUGAAGGGAAAGAAGAUUGGGUUGAAGGUGGAAGCAGGGAAGCCAAGAUCACCCUCUGUGUUGAAAGAGGUGAAGGCAACACCGCCUACUCCACAGCGGUUUCCAUCCCCCUAUGUAAACCGUGUCAAGAGCGUGAAAGCUGCAGGCGCAACAUCAAGCUCGCCACUCAAGAAGCCACUGAAGGAUAAGGUGACGCCUAAUAAGGAUCAGGAGAACAGCAAAGAUGCUAAGAGGCAACCUUUUGGGGUUAAAGAUAUGAACAACAACAGGGCUUAUGAGACCGAAGAGAGCUCCAGUGGCGUGUUUUGGUUCUUGAAGCCCUGCACUUUCCUGGUGGAGUAG